AUGCCUGAAUUCAUUAAUAAAAAUGUUGGUCCAUUUGUAUCUCAUCGGCGAACCAUGCAAAGGCAUAGAAAAUCUAAUCAACCAACAUCACCACAAACCAUGACCGAUUUACAUUACCAAUUGACUGGAGACUAUGUUCAUCUUCCAGUGAUGGAUAAUGUACCUAUUUAUAUGGGAAAAAUAGGCACUGACCCCGAAGAAGGGAUAACAAUGUUGUUUGUAUUACCAGAAAUUAAAAAUAUACUGAGGACUGGAUCAACGUUUUUGAUGGAUGGUACAUUUGCUGCUGCUCCAUCAUUUAACCGGGAGUGUCAACAGCUAUAUGUUAUAAUGGGUAUAACAUUCAACACCGGAUUCCCAAUUGCAUUUGCUUUGAUGUCAAGAAAGACAGCGAGGGCUUACAAUGCCUUAUUUAAAUAA